AUGAGGCUGAACCUCUCUCACUCCCUUAUAAGUUUGGAACUUUUACGUGAAGGUUUAAUGUAUAACAUCUUUGAUAUCUGCAACAAUCUAAUCUGUCUUUUACCUCUUUUCCGGGAUCUAAUCUGUCUCUUACCUCUUCUCCGGAAUCUAAUCUGUCUCUUACCUCUUUUCCGGAAUCUAAUCUGUCUCUUACCUCUUCUCCGGAAUCUAAUCUGUCUCUUACCUCUUUUCCGGAAUCUAAUCUGUCUCUUACCUCUUUUCCAGAAUCUAAUCUGUCUUUUACCUCUUUUCCGGAAUCUAAUCUGUCUCUCUCAUCCUCUCCGGAAUCUAAUCUGUCUCUUACCUCUUUUCCGGAAUCUAAUCUGUCUCUUACCUGUUUUCCAGAAUCUAAUCUGUCUUUUACCUCUUUUCCGGAAUCCAGUCUGUCUCUUACCUGUUUUCCAGAAUCUAAUCUGUCUUUUACCUCUUUUCCGGAAUCUAAUCUGUCUCUUACCUCUUCUCCGGAAUCUAAUCUGUCUCUUACCUCUUUUCCGAAAUCUAAUCUGUCUCUUACCUGUUUUCCAGAAUCUAAUCUGUCUUUUACCUCUUUUCCGGAAUCUAAUCUGUCUCUUACCUCUUCUCCGGAAUCUAAUCUGUCUUUUACCUCUUUUCCGAUAUCUAAUCUGUCUUUUACCUCUUCUGCGGAAUCUAAUCUGUCUCUUACCUCUUUUCCGGAACCCAAUCUCUCUUACCUCUUCUGCGGAAUCUAAUCUGUCUUUUACCUCUUUUCCAGAAUCUAAUCUGUCUUUUACCUCUUCUGCGGAAUCUAAUCUGUCUCUUACCUCUUUUCCGGAAUCUAAUCUGUCUCUUACCUGUUUUCCAGCAUCUAAUCUGUCUUUUACCUCUUUUCCGAAAUCUAAUCUGUCUCUUACCUCUUCUCCGGAAUCUAAUCUGUCUCUUACCUCUUUUCCGAAAUCUAAUCUGUCUCUUACUUGUUUUCCAGAAUCGAAUCUGUCUUUUACCUCUUUUCCGAAAUCUAAUCUGUCUCUUACCUCUUCUCCGGAAUCUAAUCUGUCUCUUACCUCUUCUCCGGAAUCUAAUCUGUCUUUUACCUCUUUUCCGAAAUCUAAUCUGUCUUUUACCUCUUCUGCGGAAUCUAAUCUGUCUCUUACCUCUUUUCCGGAACCCAAUCUCUCUUACCUCUUCUGCGGAAUCUAA